GACAACCAUUAAAACUACUUUCAUUCCUGAGAAAUUUUAUUAUAUGACCGUUUUAUAUUAUUGAAUAUUAAUGUGAUCUUUGGUUGAUGUCUUUGUCAUUUGAGGCAGAAGGUAAUCAGUUGCAAUUUGACACAUCUCUGGUGUAUUGGUAUAGACAGAAAAUGCAGACUUCAAUGACGGGAAGGCCACGCCCGGUUACUGCUACAGUAACAAAGCCAAGGUGGAUGCAAAUUCCUGACCCUGAUGCUAUAGCUAAAAUUCGAAGCCGUUCUUUGGAAUCGCAUGCUUCGACUGAUUCACUUACAUCAUUCUUGGACCAUGACAGUUAUGUAAGUGAAAAUGAUACGGAAAAUGGCACCCACGACAAUCAAAAGGGUCAGUCGGACAACCGUGGUACGCCUGACUCCAAUAAAAAGACAAGGCCUACAAGAAAUGAAAACAGAGGAAGAAAGAACAAAUCUGACAACAAGAUUGAAAACUCCAGAGAAAUAUCACCGGCAAAGUCUAAAUCAGCUGAUAGCAAUAUGUCUGCCUGGGAACAGUGGGUAGUCCGAAAGGCGAAAGAUGAUCAAAGAAAAAAGCAAGAAGAAAGACAGAAGAAAAAGGAGGCUAAAGCCUUGAAAGAAAAGGAAGAACAUGAGAAACAAGUAAAGUUGACAAAAGCAGAGGUGGUCAGACAGCAGUGGACAGAGAAGAAAGAUCAGGAGUGGACUGAAAGACAAAAGAUGGAGAAAAUGAAAGUUCAAAAUGAUAAGAGGAAAAAAGAAGAAUUGGACCAACAAAUUCAACAAAAAGCAGCAGAGAAGUUUGCUUUGUGGACGGAAAUGAAGAAGAAGGAAGAGAGAGUGAGGAGACGGAGAAUAAAGGAGGAAAAUUUGAAGAUACAGCAACACGAAGAGAGAAGAAAGGUGAUGGCAGAGGAGAGGUUCAAGCAGUGGCUGCAUCAGGCCAAAGGUCGACCAAAGUCAGCUCCAAACAGUUUUGGCUACCUUGCAGGAAAAAUGACUGGUUACCAUGACCGCAGUGCCUACCCCCAGCCCACAUUCUGCAACCCAGUCCCCUGGCAACCGCCAUCCAUCCCCUCCUCGCAGAAGGCAGAGAAGCCUCGGAAGCCUGCAAAAGUCAAACCCUACAAGUGGAAUCCAGAAAAGUACUUUUAGCUACCCAAUUCAUGAAGACAAAUAUGUCAAAUUUCCGUCCAUGUACAAAAACCUUAUAUUUUCAUACCCCACAUUAGUUCAGAAUGCUAGAUUUACACAAGUGUAAGGUAUAUGUCUAGUUUGUUUUUAAGAGAAGAAAAGAGAGAGGAAUAUAUGUAUGUCAAGAGGUGUAAUUGUCCUCCACAGAAUGAGAGAAAUGGAUCAGUGCUCUGUAAAAUUGGGGCCACGAGCGUUCAAUUUUUCUUUGGAAAAGACGCUUUGCACAAAUUUCUCACUUCAACCUAAUGGGGCUUGGUACCCAGCUAAAAUGUAAAAGAGUGAACACUCUAGUUGUUGUGUUGGCACUUUUUGUGCCUGUAGAAGGGGAAUAACAUCUUUCAGUGGAUGUUUCCCUUGAAACUGGAAAUAACCUGUAAUUGUAAUGUAAUUAAUUGUAAUAGAAAUUUUUGAAUCGAUAAUAAAUUGUCACAUAGAUCCAACUUUUAAGGAAGGAUGUCAGCUGCAAAAAUGUAAUCUAUAAUUGUGGCUAGACAUUGACAUGGUGGAAUCAGGUGCUCAUCAAUUUUUGGGCUUAUGGGGUUAAAGCCUCCUCAUUUGCCUUGCUUUUGGUGAAAAAA